AGACAGAUGUAUCAUAGGUUAUACCCUGGGGAGGCUACACCAUGUAUCUAUGGCCUUCCAAAAAUCCACAAGGAAGGGUUUCCCCUCAGACCCAUUGUCUGUAGCAUUGACUCUACCACGUACAAUGUAGCGAAAUAUGUAAAAACAGUCUUAUCCCCAUUGGUAGGCAACACUGAUCAUCAUAUAGAGAACACAAAAGGGUUUGUGGCGAGCAUCAAAGACCUCAGAUUGGAGCCAGAGGAAACUUUGGUGUCUUAUGAUGUGACUUCACUUUUCACAUCUGUCCCCACCUCAGCAGCAGUCUCGGUGGUGAGGAAGAGACUGCUCGAGGACUCAACUCUGCAUCGGAGAACAAAACUUAGUGCUGACCACAUCUGCCAAUUACUGGAAAUUUGCCUUAACACCACAUAUUUUCAGUUUAGAGGGAAAUUCUACAGACAAAUUCAUGGUUGUGCUAUGGGCUCACCAGUCUCACCCAUAGUGGCGAAUCUGUACAUGGAAGAGAUGGAGAAACAGGCUCUCACAUCCUUCUCAGGGACAAAACCAAGGCACUGGUUUAGAUACGUGGAUGACACCUUUGUCAUAAUCAAAAAACAAGAAAUUCAGUCUUUCACAGAUCACAUCAAUGCGGUGGACACCAAUAUCAAAUUUACUCGCGAGGACACUAAAGAAAACCAACUAGCCUUCUUAGACUGCAAGGUAAUUAUAGGAAAGGACAGACAGCUACUUACAGAGGUCUUUAGAAAGGCCACACACACUGACCAAUACCUGCUUUUUGAAUCAAACCAUCCACUACAACAUAAACUAGGGGUUAUUAGGACCCUCCAACAUAGAGCGGAACAAAUACCAACUAGUGCUGAGGGAAAGAAAAAGGAGACACAACAUGUCCAGAGAGCGCUCUCAACCUGUGGGUACCCACGGUGGGCUUUUAACAAAUGUCAAAAGAAGAGAGUAGGGAAAGAAACCCAAAAGCCCACAGAAGCUAAAAGGAGAGGAGUGGUAGUCCCUUAUGUAGCGGGGGUCUCCGAAAAACUCCAGAGGAUCUUAUGGCAACACAAAAUUCCUACCUAUUUCAAACCAGUAAAUACCCUGAGACAAAAAUUAGUGCAUCCUAAAGACAAGGCUCCAAACCAGAAACAGAGCAAUGUGGUCUAUUCCAUCCACUGUAAAGAUGAGGAAUGCAAAGAGCACUACAUUGGGGAAACUAAGCAAAUGCUCCAAAAAAGGCUUUAUCAACAUCGCAGGGACAAUGCUAGUGGUCCUCAAUCAGCAGUACAUCUACACCUGAAAGCUACCAAUCACUCUUUUCAGGACAGCGAGGUAAAGAUUUUGGCCAAAGAAAACAGAUGGUUUGAAAGAGGAGUAAAGGAAGCUAUUUUUGUCAAACAACAGAACCCAUCAUUGAAUCGGAAUGGUGGU